AUUCCCGGCCCCGGCGCUGCUUUCUAAAUGCGGACUCCCCGUCGAGACCAAACGAGGACCAGCGUGACCGCUUCGUGAUCAGAGAGUGGAGGAACUGGACAGGACAACAGGUGGACAGCCCACUGCCUGGUUGCUCGUGGUAACUCGCCGCCAUGCCUUUCCCCUUUGGCAAGUCCCACAAGUCGCCGGCAGACAUCGUCAAGAACCUCAAAGACAGCAUGACCGUGCUUGAGAAGCACGACAUUUCUGACAAAAAGGCCGAGAAGGCCACAGAAGAGGUGUCCAAAAGCCUGGUGGCCAUGAAGGAGAUCCUGUACGGGACGAAUGAGAAAGAGCCUCAAACGGAAGCAGUGGCCCAGCUGGCCCAGGAGCUCUACAACAGUGGCUUGCUCAGCACGCUAAUAGCAGACCUCCAGCUCAUCGACUUUGAGGGUAAGAAAGAUGUGGCUCAAAUCUUCAACAACAUCCUGAGGCGGCAGAUUGGCACCCGGACGCCCACGGUGGAGUACCUCUGCACCCAGCAGAAUAUCCUCUUCAUGUUGCUGAAAGGGUACGAGUCUCCAGAGAUUGCCCUGAACUGCGGCAUCAUGUUGAGGGAGUGCAUCAGACACGAACCGCUGGCCAAAAUCACGCUGUGGUCAGAGCAGUUUUACGACUUCUUCAGAUACGUGGAGAUGUCCACUUUCGACAUUGCCUCAGACGCAUUCGCCACUUUCAAAGACCUCCUCACGAGACACAAGCUACUGAGUGCCGAGUUCCUGGAGCAGCAUUACGACAGAUUCUUCAGUGAAUAUGAGAAGUUACUCCACUCAGAAAACUACGUGACUAAAAGACAGUCCCUCAAGCUACUGGGGGAGCUGCUUCUCGACCGGCACAAUUUCACCAUAAUGACGAAAUACAUCAGCAAGCCGGAGAACCUCAAAUUAAUGAUGAACCUGCUACGGGACAAGAGCCGCAACAUCCAGUUUGAGGCUUUCCAUGUUUUUAAGGUGUUUGUGGCCAACCCCAACAAGACGCAGCCCAUCCUGGACAUCCUGCUGAAGAACCAAACCAAACUCAUCGAGUUCCUCAGCAAGUUCCAGAACGACAGAACGGAGGACGAACAGUUCAACGAUGAAAAGACUUACCUGGUCAAACAGAUCAGGGACCUCAAGAGGCCCGUCCCCCAGGAGGCCUGAGGGGAGGGGCAGAGGAGGAGGAGGGGUGUGUGUGG